AUGAGCUCAGCGCGCGCCGGGGGGCAGGUAACCAUCCCGCGCCCUCCGCUCGGCUUGAAAUGGGAUGAUAUGGGAUUUUUCAUGUCGACGAAGAUCGGAGGGAUUCUUGCGUUUGCCUUGGUAUUCCUGUCCCUCACAGUGUCAGGGGACUCAGCAGAUGUGAAGUGUGAGAACAUUUAUAAGGACUUCUCUGACUGCGUCCUGGAGCUGGGAGACAGCAUGGACAACUAUCAGGAAAACGUGACCAGUGAGAGGGGAGUGGCAGCCGUGUGCAGCCACUGGGAAGCUUUCCACACAUGUGCCCUCACGGCGCUAUCCGACUGUCAGGAGGAAGUCAGUUCCAUCUGGGAGACGCUGAGGCAGGACUCCAGGAAGAUGCGCUUCCAGGGAAGUCUGUUCGACCUGUGCAGCCCCAGCUCCGCUCCAAGCAUACGUUCGCAUCUCGCUGUCCUCACCCUGCCACUGAUGUUGAUCACGACUGGGCCCAGCUGGGCCUCUGUAUAGAUUGGGUAGCAGUGGGGGUGAGGGUGAGGAGAUGG